CGUGACUGUCUUCGACGAUAUUUAUUUUUGAGACGGCCCCGCAAUUGUAUAACUGGAUAAUAGAAUCCUGGAUAAUAUCCGAGGUGCUCCGAAAGGAAUGUUUUGGAUAAAAUGGCUGAACAGAGUGUUGACGAUGUGAUAGUGUGUCUGAUGUCAAUGGGGUUUGACUGGCAGGAUGCUCAAGAUGCCAUCCAAUCAGGGAAGAUUAGUGUGGAGAAUGCUGUCGAAUGGCUGAUUGCAGGCAAACCAGGAUUUCAAAAGGUGUCUGAGGGAGUGCCAAGUCUCAAACUACGACAGGAUGGAUCAGAGUUUGAAGAAGGUAGCAACCCAUUUGUUAGCUCUGCUUCAAGGCCAUUGGAUCCUGCCUCCAUUGAAGAACAGGAAGUCAGCCCAUCAGAUGCUCAAGGUCAAAGUUCAGUUCAUGACGAAACCCAGUCAGUGCUUAGUCGACUACAUUUGAGUGAGGAGCAAAGAAAAGCCAAGCAAAGAUUUGAAAUGAAACAGAUGGAUGAGGCUAGACAAGCUGCUUUGAAAGAUAAACAGAGAAGGAAAAGGGAUCAUGCAAGGGUCUUAAAAGAGAUUGCUGAUGACAGAGAGAAGCAGAAAAUGUUUCAUCAAGGAGGAGGUACAUCAGAGACUGCAGCCACAGAGAAAAGUCCCAGUCCUGGUCAGGACAGUGUACCUGUGGAAAAGACUCCAGCCCCUACAACUUCCACAUCAUCUGGGGGCAAAUGUCUACUGCAGAUCAGGAUGACGGAUGGUGGAUCUGUACGUCAGUCCUUUCCUGCCUCGGCUGGACUGAAGGAAGUGUGGCAGUUUGUACAAACACACCAGAAGAAAUCUCUCACUGGAAUGUGUUUGAUUCAGCCCUUUCCUCACCGAGAAUUUGGGGAAGCAGACAUGGAUAUGUCUCUACAGGAUCUGGGCUUGACUCCCUCGGGGUCACUGGUUUUGAGGAAAACAGAGAAGAAAGAUACAACAACCAAAGUAACAGACUCAUCAGAAAUGGACACAGAGGAAUCUGAAAGUGCAACUGGAUCUAACAAAUUCAGCAAUUUGACCUAUGGCACACCAGGGGCAAAGGGAGGUUCAACAGGACUAAGAUCCCAUGGGAGCCAGGCUCCACCUCCAAUGUUACCCCCGACAUUUGGUGUUGAUGUUGGGGGAAGUGGAGGUGGCUUUGGAGGGCCACAAAACCUGCCUGCUGGAAUGCCACAGAUGCCACCUAUUGUGGGCAUGAACCCACUCGGCAUGCCCGACAUUGUGCCAGGGCCGUCACAAUCCUGGGGUCAAGGUCAUGUUCUGGGACAGGACGAUGAUCAGCCAGUUGUGCCAAAUUUAGAAGAUGGUGCUGAACCAGAGGAAGAUGCUGACAGUGAUGAGGGACCAGAUGUCGUCCAGGGACUUGGCCAGUUUGGUCAUGGCUUUGGAGGAGGUGGAGGAGGUGCUGGUGGCCUGCCCUGGGGUAACGACCUGGGGAUGGGCUUUGGAGGAGGUGCCCAUAUGCAUGCUGAUGAGGCUUUUCAGGGAGUAGGGCAGCGUCUAGUCCCCGAGGGACAUCCUCAUCAGGAAGAGAACCAGAACAAGUCGGCACGCGAAAUGGCAUCUCAGAAAGCAAGAGAGCGAUAUGCCCAACCAGUGGCAGCCCCUUCACCACCAGAAAACCAGGGGGAGGCAGCGUCUCCUGCCCUGUUCACUGUACAGCCACUUUUCUCUAACUGCUUGUGUCAUGUGUCCAGACGGCUCAAGGAUCCACGAAGCCAUCUCCAUUCCCUUGGGGGUCUGUCUGAGGAUCUGGCUCAGAGACUUUUAGAGUACCUCAUCAAAAACAAACUACUGUCGUCGAAGAUACUCAACGCUUUCAUCCCCUGUUACCUCCGAAAGGUAAUCCUAGAUUGUUACCCAUACACCUCAAACGAACUACUGAUGUCUGUCAGGUUUCAUACCCAUCUAGCACACCUCAGUCUGCGAUCAUGUACCCUUAUCACAGAUGCUGGUCUCAAACCCCUCAUAGUCUUAAAAAAAUUGAAACACCUAGACUUGAGCAGUUGUAAGCAGAUAUCCAACAAAUGUCUGGCUGUUGUUUCUGAGUUUAAAUGCCUGACAGCACUGUCACUAGAGGAGACGGGUGUCACAGACUCGGGUAUGAUCGAGUACCUUACAUCCUGUCCGUCAUGCCUUCAACAUCUUAAUCUCAACAAAACACAGGUCACAGAGAAACUACUUCCAUAUCUGAAAGAUUUACCCGCCCUCAAGAGUUUGUAUUUGGAACAUACACAGGUAAGUGGGUUGUCAGGGGUACAGGAUCUAAAGCAGUUAGAAACAUUGGACGUGGCCCACACUUCCAUAGUUACAGACUCCAUGUUGUGUGUUUGUCACAGCAAGACACUCCAGUGUCUGGGUAUCUCCCACACAGAAAACAUUAACGGGGAUCAGGCCCUACGCUAUAUCAAAGAUUUAAGACUACAUGCUCUAAACUUACCUAGCCGUGUAACUACAACAGAUACAGGAAUGUCGUUUAUUACAAAUUUUCAGUUAACAACGUUAGACCUGACAAAUUACAUCAAUAUUGGUGAUGAUGGUAUGUCACAUGUGGGAAGGAUUUCUAGUCUGCGGAGGUUACUGCUUGCAAAUACGAAAGUAACAGACCAAGGCAUGAUGUUUUUAGAAGGACUUACAAACCUUGAAGUUUUAUACCUUGACAAAACCAAUGUAUCGGACCAAGGAGCUGUUGUGAUAAAAAGUUUUGGAGGUCUGCGGGAGCUAAGUCUUUCAUCCACAUGUGUAACAAGCGAAUUUCUUAAAGAAGGAACUCUGAACCGGUGUAUCAACUUAACAAAAGUCAACCUCAGCCGUACAGGUGUGACAGAGAGAGGCGUACAAUGUAUCCAGAUGCCCAGUCUGGUUCUCCUUAAUCUUGAUGGAACUCGUGUUCGGCCAUCCAUUGAUGAAACUCUUCAUGUUUCCUGUCCCACACUGAAGAAGGUCACUCUCUCCAACUUGCUGCCAUACAACCCAAAUGAAGACGAGGACUGAAAUUCAUAUACCUUUUGGACAUAUAUUGACACUGCCUACAUGUGAUAGUAAUAUUAACUCUCUGGAACAUAAAUUCCAAUUUGGCGUAUGUUUUUAGACUGGGAUUAAUAAUGUUAAUCUCCUUUCAUAACUGGGGCUUGGUCCGUCCAUAAUAAUUCUUGCUAAUUGUUAGGUACUUUUCAAAAAGUAUGUAUCAGUUAAAUUUUUGGAAAUGCAUGAAUGCCCAUUUUGGACGUAGUUGUGCAACAAAUUUAUUGUGGAAGGUCACACUUGCAUAGAACCAGAUUGAAUAAAAGAUGUUGUUCCAAGUAUGAAGUUUGGUGGUCAUUAUCGAUUUCCGAUUUUAACUCUUGAUAUGAUCGAGCAAGGGCCAUUCCACUAAAUAGGUAUAUAUCCCGAGGGAGGAAUCCAGAAAACAUAAAAAUCAUAAUUUAUGCUUAGUGGGCGUUUGAAAAUAUAGCUAAAUCGCUUCCAGGGCGGUCCCUGUUUGACAAACCUGAUCUCCCGUUGGGUAGGUAUUUUGCUGCAAUGUAGUCCUUAAUAAUAUUUUACUGCGAUAUUAUGAAGCAAUAUAAAAGUUAAAGAGUGCAGACCAAACUUUUUUUUCUGUUACUGGCAAAACUAUUUGUCAUCAUGAAGGAACGUACGUAUAAAGAAAGAAGUGAUUGCUCUAAAAGAUCAACUUGUCUCGUGUAGUGUCAUAUAUACAUUUAAUGUAAUCGCACUCGGCUUCAUCAUGAUCAAAUCUUUUAUCUUAACUUUUAAAACUGCAGUAAGAUUUAAUGAUGGAAGUUUAUCACAAUCAGGCAGACCUGCAUAAGCAUGCAUAACGUUAACAGACACAGAAGCUAUAUAUUUAUGAAACAUGUAGAAUACAUUGUAGUUUAUUCGUAUUUAUUUAAUUUUUUUCUUAAACCACAUCGGCCAUUAUGUUGAAAAAAAGUUGAUUCAGCAACAUUUUGAUAUAUUUUCUUUGAAACCCAGUUUCUCGUGUAAUAAGUUAAUAACACCAAUGUACCGGUAGGUUUCUCUUCACGAGUUAUGUCCCUUACGGCGUGACAUCAUUUGACACACGAGUGUGUUCCAUGCCAAAGAUCUAGAUCAAUCCCCUAUGUUAAAGAAUUUUAGAUUGAUCUAGCUCAAGUCAAACUGCUUUAAUGAAGUAGUCUGCAGAAAUGUUAAUGGUUCUGUGUGUGCGUCAAUUAACUUUCUUUCCUAAAGACAUUAGAAUGUCGAGUGAACUACAAAGAUGAAAAGACUGCUCUCACCAUAAAAUAGACUGUGGAGUCGUUCAUAAGAGACCCUCGCAACAUAGAUUCAAUUGAACUUCGGACUAAAUCGUUGAGGCUGAAGAUAGAUGCUAUUUCAACUUUCCCAUUUUGUUUUCAAACUAGUCAAGGAAUUAAUUAAAAUGCUUUUUCCGGAUUUUGGGGGAAGUCACAAAUCAAUGGCGAGAUAUUAUCAAGAUAAAUGUAGAUCUUACAUUGUAAUUGUUAUGGUGUGACUACGAUAUACAAAUUAUUCAGAUUGUAGAGUUAUAAUUUAUGAGAAUUUCUUUUUCAAAUAAAUAUUGAAGGAA